AUGGCAAGCAGAAAGCUGCAACUGCGAGUGAAGACUCGCUCCGGGCAGUUCCUAGUGGACUCGCUCAGUCUGGAGGAGAACAGCAUCGGCGAGCUGAAGGCGGCCAUCUGGAGUCUGACGAAGGUCCAUCCGGACCAGUGUCGCAUCAAGAUUGGCUUUCCCCCGGAGGAGAUUUUCCUCGUCGACGACUCGCAACGGAUAGGGGAAAUUUUCAAGAGUGCCCGCGAGACGAUGUUGCUCGAGGAGGAGGGAACGGGAGGAGGCGGCGGUGGUGGAACAGCUCCAGCAGCAGCACCUCCUCCACCUCCACCAAAACCAAAACGAACGAUGCACCGCGUGGAGGUGCCCGCCAACAACUCCUGCAUGUUCGUCUCCGUCAACUACUGCCUCACCAGGCGCCUCCGCCCAAAGUGCCCCGAGCUGCGCGAGCUAAUUGCGAACACCGUCAAGGCCGACCCGGAGACCUACUCGGAGGCCUUUCUGGGGAAGCCGAACAGCGAGUACUGCACCUGGAUCCGCAACGAGGACCACUGGGGCGGCGGCAUUGAGCUGAGCAUCCUCUCGAAGUACCACCAGCUGGAGAUCGUCGCCGUGGACACGCAGAACACGCGGCUGAAUCGCUUCGGCGAGGACCAGGCCUACGACCGGCGGAUCUUCCUCAUCUUCGACGGCAUCCACUACGACCCGCUGAUAGUGAGGGACAGCGCCGACCCGAACAACCAGGAGCAGGCGAUCUUCCUGGCGGACGACGCCGAGGCGACCGAGCUGGCGAUUGCCUUUGCGCGGGAGGCCAAGGCGAAGCACCAGUACACGGACGUCAAUCGGAUGGUGCUCCGGUGCGGCCAGUGCGGCCAUACUUUUCCGCAGACGGAGGCGCGGGCUCACGCCAAGGCCACCGGACACGCCGACUUUAGCGAGGUGGUCGGCUGA